AUGAAUCUGAGAGCUUCUCCAAACAACGAGAGUGGAGCCCUUACUACACCUCUAGAGAAUCAUGGAUCAAACUGUCUUCGGGAUCAUGUUAUGCUACUGAAGAUGUCAAAUAGCAAAGCUUUAACGGAAGCUUUUUCAACCAUAAAUUUCCUGUGGCUCCGAAGAAAUACGCCAUGGCCGAUGCUGGUCAAGCUAGCGGUUUAUCGAUUUUUACACCUUCACAACUUUUACCAGAUAGACCAGGAUGAUAAAAUCAACAAACUUGUCGACUAUCUAUUCAAGGAGGGGGAAUUAUCAAACGACCCACAUUGUAGAGGACAAAUGAUGGACCGAUGCAACAAGCUGAUCCUCUCAACUUAUCACUGGAUAACAAUGGGACUGUUAGUAUAUAAUAAAGACAACCUUCUAGUCAAGAGCGCAAUAUUCCAAAACGCUUGGAACAAUCAACUUUCUAUCAUGCAUAUCAGAACCAACCACACCGACGUGGAACAACCCAAUAAUACUAUUGCUAGUGAGCAACAUAGUCAUAUUCCUGCAAGGAUGUCGGUACUAAACAGUGUACCAGAGCUAUUUGUGGCAGUCUCCAGCCCGGUGUACAAAGGAAAGGAUAAUCCCAGCAUCAUUACCUCUGAUGAACCUGACAUCAAAGUCGAUCUCGACGGACCCGUAUAUUUGAUCAACUGUCACGCACCUCAAGUUUUAUCAGAACAAUCAUAUAGCUCGCUAAGCAAUCCUAGAAUACCAGUCGCCCCGGCGUUAGAAGAUACCCUGCUAAAUAAGACAAACGACUCCUAUCAUAGUUCUGCUUCUUCUUGCCACGGACUACCUGACUUUGGGUUCGACGUUCAAGAAAGCCAAGUUCCACCGCCAAAUAAAACCUCCGUCGCCCAUGCCAUCCCUUGGGGAAAAGCUGUUGCAGGAAAUAUCAAUUUUUCCAAGGACCCGGUCUGCCACAACUACCCCUCGGAGGCUUCAUUUUUGCACCAGUUGGAUAUCUUCAAAUCUGCUGCACAUCUACUCGUAUCUACCCCAAACAAAUUCAGUCGAAUCGUGUCUUAUGAAGCAAUGGUGCUAAUCUGGCAAAGAGAUGAGUUCACAUUCUUCAAUGCCUCUUGGUCCUCUGGUUUCACAAUUGACAUCAAUGAUGAUAAGGACCUGAUCAGAGCUAGACAGCGUAUAUGGGAUGGCUUCUGGAUGUUCGUCGAUGGGCACCAUGAAUUUACUGGCCAGAAUUUUCAGGUUUUUACAAAUCCAAAACUACCACAUGUCCCGUUAGUGCCUCUCAAGCGACCGAUGAACAGUACCCUUGUAUUCCAAGGACAUUGCCCUCGAGGGGACGAGAAAAGAUUGAGCUCGGAUGAUUCAAAUGGAACGGCACGACGAAAUUCUUCGGCAAGAUCUAGUGGCCAAGCAUCAAAUGAAAAUGCUUCCUCAAGUGGAAAAGGAAACCAAAGAUUUGGUCAAGCUUCGGUUCCACAGAAAUUGCCACAAUUGCCACAACGACCCGUAGGACGGCAGCGCAAGACAAAUCAAAAAACCAAUAUCAGUCAACCAAAAUCCGUGAAUGCGCAACAGUCGCAACAACAAUGGUCCCGCCAAUUCCGCUCACUCACCGGGUCUGAGAAAUCAGUACCUCAACUUAAUCCUCUAUCACAUGGGCUUACGCAGACUCACACUUCUGACUUUCAACCGAAUAAUCUUGAUAUCCAACCACAAGGUAAAGUUCCUAUAACAGGACACGUCCAAUCUACUCUAGGACGUAGCAAUUCCACUCUCAACAUCCGCAAAUUAUCCACCACUAGUACCAUUCAACCAUCCUCCACUACCCUUCUACCCACCAAUACCCCCACAAUCCCACGAUCCAACCAUCAACUAACCCCCACCAUCCAAUUCCGCAUCCAGCUCUCCCCCACUGGCCCAUUCAGCACACCCUACCCCAAAUGGAUUCUCGGAACCCCAGGAAAACCCCCCGUCACCAUCCCUCAACUAUUCUCCUGGUUCAUAAACAUUACUCGUAUAGAUCACAAACAAGGUUUAGAUUCAUUAACCUGUAGACUCAAAGAUGCAGUGCCGGUACCUAUCGUAUAUACUGUUUCGCGAAAUGAGAGUGGAAGUGUAGAUGGAGUUGCAGUUGAUGCGUUGGCGAAGUUGAGGAAGGAUAUUAAGAGGGAGUGUGAGAAGGCGGGGAGGUUAGUGUUGGGGUUGAAGAAAUUUGAGAUUUUUGUUGGGGUGACUGUGACGGGAGAUGAGGGGGGAAGAGGGGAGGGAGGAGUAUUGGUGAAGGAAGGGGUGUCUAGGCCGGUGCUGGGGGAGGAAUGGUAG